GAGUGGAGGGCCUGCUGAUGGUAAUAAAGUGAUUGGAGGAAAACUGCAGGUGGUAAACUAGCAAUUGGAAAAUCUGUUUGUGGUGGUAUAUUAGGUUAAGUAACUGCUAACCACUGAGACAUCACAGACCACAAUGAACGAGUCAUCACUUCCAGAAAAGCCUGCCGUGGCCCUCUAUUAUCGAAAUGCAAGUCAAACAUUUUUAAUGGCAUUCCAGAAUGAAUGUAAUCACAUCCCUGAUAUAACACCUUUCUUAGGAGCAUCCUAUAGUUUGGCCACUGUGCUGGGCCUGCUCGGUAAUGUCUCUCUGAUAUACGUCAUUUUCCACCAAAGAAAGAAGGCUAAUGUUACCCAAAUCCUUAUUGCCAACUUAGCAUUAUCUGACAUGCUAGUAUGUGCUUUCUGCUUACCUAUUACUGCCGUUUACACCAUGAUGGACUAUUGGGUGUUUGGUUUAGGCUUGUGCAAAAUCACCAACUUUGUACAGUGUGCCUCUGUUACUGUGUCAGCUCUGCUCUUAGUACUUAUUGCCUUUGAGAGACACCAGCUCAUUCUUCAUCCCACAGGAUGGAAACCCACUAUCUAUCAGGCCUAUACAGCUGUCCUGCUUGUCUGGAUUUUGGCCUCACUUUUGACUGUGCCAUUUGUCUCAUCUUUUGUCUUGGAUACUGUUUUGCACAAAAACACAUCUCAAGUCUUGGACUAUUUAAGAGACAAGCCAUUAUGUAUGGAAAAGUGGACAUCACCACAGCAAAGAUUAGUUUACACAAUAGCUCUACAGCUUCUUCAGUAUAUUGUUCCACUCAGCUUCAUUUUGGGUUGCUAUGUCCGUAUCUCUGUACAAUUACGGCGAAGGGGCGCUUUAUUCAAGAAAAAUGACCAUCACAUGAAAAGGAUCAAUCUCAUGUUAGCCUCUAUGGUUGGAGCAUUUGCCCUGUGCUGGUUGCCACUCCAUAUAUUUAACAACAUUGUUGAUUGGCACCAUGAAUUAAUCUCUGUGUGUUAUCACAACCUUAUAUUCGCUUUAUGCCAUUUACUUGCUAUGAUGUCUACAUGUGUCAACCCAGUCAUCUAUGGUGUACUAAACAGUAAUGUUAACCAGGAACUGAAGGUACUGUUUCAGAAAUGCACAGGGAGACAAAGGAAGAGAGUAGAAGCAUUGGAUGAAUUGGAAAAGCACCCUUUAUCUAUCAUGCAGAGUGCUGCACUGCCAGGGUCCCCGAGUGGAAGUCACAACAAGACUGGGUGUUGACACUGAGGAGCACCAUUUUACAGAGUCGAAGAAAGUACAUGUUUGAUGAAUAGGAGGAAAUGGAAGACAGCAAUGUUCCAAUUUGUUAAUUAUGAGUCUAAUGAGAGAAAUAUAGGAUUUCUUUGUUGCUCUACAUGUCCAGGUCUCAAAAGAAGCACGGGAACAAAAAAGCACUUUCAAGGAAGAGGUAUCUGUCAUGCUGUUUGUAGCACGUUUUAUGGUUUAGAACAUUGUACUCAGAGGAAAAAGCAUACUGAACAUUUGCUUUUUUAGAGUGGAUUUUGUUCACCACCGUUUUAUUUCACUACUAACAUUUCAGUUCUUGAACAAAAGAAAACAAAAAAACAAAGAAGCAAAAAAUUGUAGUGGACACAUGGUUCUUCAAAAAUGACUUUAUGCAUGUGAGAUAAACUGCAAGUGGACUUGAGUUACAUCAAUGUCCUGUCUCUUGACCAAAGAGGACCUGAAACACCGCAUUAGUCCUUAAUGUACCAUUAACAUUUUAUGCUGGUGGUUCAUUUUUUUUUCCAGAGAUGUAUGAAAUAAUACACCCAGAUCUUUUUAUGGUUCUGUAAUAAUACCGGGCCUAACACUUUGUUAUCUCAUAUUAUUAAAAUUAAGACUUACUGCUGAUUGUAG